UAGUAGCGCAUUAACGAGACCUAAACGUCGUGGUAACUAAUUCUUUCCUCCACCUCAAAUGACAACAUCAUGAAUCAUGCCAAUAAUGGUAGGCCAAGCAAAACAGGCAUCUAUCCCACACGAGCCUACUAGCAGAGGGUGUCGAGCAAGCAUAUGCUCGAUAUUUUCAGACAUGGGUGUACGGUGUACUACCUCCUGUUGCAGCCUCGUCACCGGGAAAAUUUAAAAAGAAAAGACCAAUACCAGUACUGUGCAUGCAUGAUUGAUUCCGAGCCCACCACUGCAAGAGAUGCUGCCUCCCUGCCAUUUUGGCACUUCCUCUCGCCGUCACAAUUUUGCAAAUUGCACCUCGCUCUCAGUUUAUAUAGGUCAACCACAACGCCUUAUAUUACAACCCCCUGCAUACUAAGCAUCCCCUCUCUCUCUCUCUCUCUCUCUCUCUCUCUCUCUCUCUCUCUCUGAACACGCGAAGAGCGAGAGCCAUGGAGGUCGCGGCCACUUCUUCCUUGCUUCUUGGAGCUCAUCACGCUCAUGGCGUCCUACUCCUACCGGCGUCGCCGGCGGAGACGAUGAAACGAAGCUACUACACGAGGAGGAAGCCUAGCCGCCUUCCCACCGUGAGGGCGUUCAUGGCGAGGCCGCAUCAUCAGAACGUGGCGGCGCCGCCACCGGCCAGUAGCAAGAUGGUGACGGCGGUGCCGCCACCGCCACCGGUGAGGGAGACCACGGCCGUGACGCCGACACUGCCGGCAACGACGGUGUACCGCGACAACUGGUUCGACAAUCUGGCCAUCGGCUACCUGUCCCGGAGCCUUCAAGAAGCUUCUGGGAUGAAGAACGGAAAGGACGGCUACGAAGGCCUGAUAGAGGCAGCCCUCGCCAUCUCCGGGCUGUUCAGGGUUGAACAGCAGUGGCAGACUGUGGCCACCGCUCUCGAACGCGCGUUCCCCAGCUACAUCCUCACAAUGAUCAAGGUGAUGAUGCCACCUUCCAGAUUUUCCCGGGAGUACUUCGCGGCCUUCACCACCAUAUUCUUCCCUUGGCUCGUCGGACCAUGUGAGGUCAGGGAAUCAGAAGUUGAUGGAAGGAAAGAGAAGAAUGUGGUCUACGUCCCCAAAUGCAGAUUUCUGGAAAGCACCAACUGUGUUGGGAUGUGCACGAAUCUUUGCAAGAUACCAUGCGAGAAGUUCAUCCAAGAUUCACUUGGCACGGCUGUCUACAUGUCUCCCAGCUGCCAUCUGGGGGACAGAAAAGAUUGAAGUGGGACCAACAUGUUUGCAGGUUGUAGAGCAAUUGCACUCAAGUUGUACAGAGAAAAUGGAGUACCUCCUACUUGUAAU